AUGAGACCCCAGGGAGUAAUAAAUGUAAAACGCAUUACUAUCAAGAGGGAUGGUGAAAUAAUUGAAACAAAGCGCCACAUUCUGACAUUCAAAUCUCCUAAACUGCCUGAAUAUGUCUAUGCCGGCUAUAUCAAGUUGUCUGUUAAAACCUAUAUCCCGAAUCCACUCAGAUGUUUCAGGUCCCAAUGCUUUGGCCACUCAAAAUUAAAUUACCGUGGAAGCGACACUUGCGCACGCUGCGCAGAAAAAGGCCACGAUAGCCAGCAAUGUGUCGCACCUGAAAAGUGCGUGAACUACGGUGAUAAUCAUACGUCUUACUCCAGAUCCUGUCCGCGUUGGCAGCUAGAAAAACAAAUCGCAACAAUAAAAAUUAAAGAAAAUAUAACUUAUCCUGAAGCCAGGCGUAGAGUUCAAGCUCAGACUCCUACUCCUGGUAUUACUUAUGCUUCCGUAGUUCAAAAAACGUUUUGUGCUAAUUGUUCAUGUGCAAAUUGUAUUAAACAAUCUACAAAAACAACAGAUAAUAUUGAAACUUCUCAUUCAGACACUGAAAACUCCAUCAGCAAUAACCCUGAUCCUCCCAAGGAAACUAGAGAGAAACCUAAACGAAAAUCAAAAACAUCGUCGCUCACAUUAAGAUUAGCGAAACGAGACCUUUCUCAAAAAGAUCUCCCAUUGAAGCUAAAAGCAGCAAAGUCAAAAAAUUCUGUCUCUCUGGGGCUGGCAACGGACAACACCCUGCGACUUAUCAUCCAUCUUUGGUGGCAUACUCAAUAG